GUAUUUCAAAAGUUUUGGAGUUAUUGCAGUGGGUUGCAGAUAUUGGUGUGAAAAGUGUCUGCCUUUAUGAUCCAGAAGGUGUGUUGAAAAAGAACAAGGAACCUAUCAUGCAAAGAUUCAGCAGUGCAAACUUGUCUGAGGAGGCUGCUGUUAAUGGUCGGCUUGUUACCCGCAGAAAUCUGACUUUGGAGUUUGUUUCAUUUGAGGAUGGAAAAGAAGCAGUUGCCAAAGCAGCUAAUUAUCUCUUUGUAAAGCACUAUGCAAAUGGUACUAAGGAAAAGUCAGAUUUUACAGAGCCUCAAAUGGCUGAAGCUUUAGGAGCCAUUGGUUCUGGAGGAGCUGAUCCUGAUCUGCUACUAAUUUAUGGACCCACAAGAUGCCAUCUUGGGUUUCCAGCAUGGAGACUUCGGUACACUGAAAUAGUACAUAUGGGGCCAUUGAAGUCUAUGAGUUAUGGUUCCCUUGUUAAAGCCAUUUUCAAGUACACUAUGGUGCAUCAAAAUUAUGGUUCAUAAGCAAUUUCAUCCGCAGUGACGUCAUCUUGUGGGACGAGCAGAGUUCGGAAGAUGGACCUGACAGACGCUGCUAGUAUGGUUUGCAUUUUAUUGAGAAUGUUCUUCUUUGAUUGUAGGAUCAAAGUUAAAAGGUAUCUAUUGGCUUGUAUGCCCAAUUGAUUGACCUUUUCGUAAACUCAUCCCGUUGUAAACUCAUCACGUGAUGGAAAAUGUUUGUACUCCAUUUGCUCUU